AUGAGGAAUAUUCCUGACAUGUCAUGGAUAGAUAUCCCUAGGAGUGAACGGUUUCGUGAUCAACGUUAUGUCGAUGGAUGUGAAGCCUUCAUGAAGUAUGCCGAAAUGAACCCAAAAAAUUUAAGUAGCGGUGCAAUGUACUGCCCCUAUUAUAGGUGUAAGAAUAUAAAGCUGAAAAAUAAAGAUGAAAUACGAAGUCACUUAGCAAACUCUGGUUUUUACGAGGAAUAUAAAUACUGGUCCUAUCACGGGGAAGGUCGUACUGAAGAUGAAGUCCCGGAUGUGCAUGUCGAUACCAGUCAUGGUGUCAGGAUAGAUGAUACAGAAGUAAAUUUACAAACUGAUAUCGGACCCGACCAUACCGAAUACGAUAUUAACAAUGACAAUGAAGAUGAUAUCAUAGUUGAUGUCCAAGAUGCUCAUGCUCCUGAGGACUUGGAUCGUAUAAUGAAACUACUAGAGAAUAGUGAAAAGGAUCUGUAUGAGGGUUGCACCGACUACUCCAGAUUUUCAUUUAUCUUGGAGCUUUUACAUAUUAAGAGCCUCAGUGGAAUGGCAAAUACUUGUUUCGAAAUGCUUCUUGAUUUGCUGCGGAAGGUAGUUCCAGGAGGAGAGCGUAGCAUUCCUAAAACAACUUAUGCGGCAAAGCAAAUAGUUUCUGAUUUGGGGCUUGAUUGCAAUAAGAUUGAUGCGUGUCCCAAUGAUUGUAUUCUCUACAACAAGGAUAAUAAAGACCUUCAGGCAUGCCCUACAUGUGGAGUUUCUCGAUGGAAACAACAAACCCGCUCUUCAACAAGGCAGCCAACAGAGUCAAUGUACCAGCAGAGCAUGAUUCCAGCUAAGGUGCUUCGCCAUUUCCCAUUAGUUUCCAGAUUGCAACGUCUGUAUAUGAACAAAGACACUGCUAAGAACAUGAGGUGGCACAAAGAAUAG